AUGUACAACUCUCUGCUAUGUCUGCCUACAAGACGCUACGAAUAUGAAGCUCAGAAGUUGUGGGGCGUCAAUAUGGAGUUUUCCUUGUCGCUCCAAAAAAAACCGUUGACAAAUCUUUGUGGAAUUCUGCCCGAAGGCGGAAUAAGGUGGAUGCUGAUUGGUGCUGGUCUAGAAUACCGAUUGAACAGAGUAUAUCCUCAAUACUAUUCGGAAAUUGCUGCUGGGGGAGAAGAGGGUAAAGAAGAAGAGAGUGAAGAAGAGAGUGAAGAAGAGAGUGAAGAAGAGAGUGAAGAAGAGAGUGAAGAAGAGAGUGAAGAAGAGAGUGAAGAAGAGAGUGAAGAAGAGAGUGAAGAAGAGAGUGAAGAAGAAGAAGAGGGCGAUGUCGCAAAACAGUACGGGCUCUACCAAAGAAUCUUUUUGAAGGAUUUCAUCUCGCCAUUCUUCGUGGAUUCAGCAAUACAAGAUGCCACUUUUCUCCGGUUGCACCCAAAAGACGUUGAGAAACUCUUGAAGCUCUACAAAUCCUAUUUUGCGACAGAGGAAGACUCCGGCAAUGGAGUCCUCGAAAAUGUCAAGUCGCCUCCCGAUAACAAGCGAUCUGCCGCUGAUGAAGAAGAAGAAAUAUCCCCUCACAAACGGGCCAAAGCAGAACGAGCUACGCCGAAACGGCACUAUGGGAGCGGGGAAGUGUACAUGUAUGGGCCUAAUUUCUCAACCCACGAUAUGAUUCAAAGAUGGGGUCGCUUGUGUCAUUAA